AUGUCUGCCAGCACGAUUGCUCGCUGGAACGCAAUUUCAAUGUCAAGGGAGCCUGAGCCCGCUCCCUCUCACAAGCGAUCCAGGUCAGUCGAUGAAGACGAUAGUUCAGAGGACAAUGUCUCCCUCGUCUCACGUUCACCUUCUCCGCAACCUGAUGGAGAUGUGGAGAUGAAGGAUGUGUAUUCUUAUGAUGAACAUGUCCCUGGCGUGGCACGAGAGGUUAUAACUGUUGAGACAAGAAUUAAGAAUACGAACAAGGGUUUCGCCAUGCUUGCGAAAAUGGGCUGGACAGAAGGCACUCCACUAGGCAUUUCCGGUGAUGGUCGCAUAGAUCCAGUCCCUUUCUCGGUUAAACAGGAUUCUACUGGUCUAGGAAAAGUCACUCAAGAUUUCCGGAUGAUCGAGACGACAGUCUCUCAGCGGAGAAAUCUUGAUUCUGAACGCAUGCGAUCUGAAACAGCCGAGCAACGGCAAGAACGCGAGGCGGCGGUUGCACAAAAAGCAGCCGUUCAGUCUGAACUUUCAAAUGUUUUGCGCCCAUUCUACUGUGAGCUAUGUGACAAACAGUUCAAGAACGUCGCACAGUACGACGAGCAUACGAAUUCGUAUGCGCACCACCAUCGUGCCCGGGCGCGUGACAUGAACGCAAACCAUCCAGUAAAGGCGGGCGGGCGCGAAGAAGCCGAACGACGAAAGGAGAAGGAACGUAAGCGUGAGGAGAAGGAGCUUCGUAAACUUGCAAAGGCUGCUGGGAUAAAGAUUAGUGCUCCUCCAGUUGCAGGCACAUCCAUUGCUGCAGAAAAUAAGGCCGAGCCUAAGGGAUUCAAGAAAAGCGGUUGGGCAAGCGUUGGCGAUACUUCAGUCCCUGCAACUACUCCAUCGGGUGGUUGGGCACGAGCGUCAGGCGCACCUCUUGCUCCUCCUGAGAAUCCGCCGCCCCCGCCCCCACCUUCGUCGGGUCCCGCCCCAUCACCACUAUCAGCUGCGCCAAAUAAUGGCUUCCGGUCUGGUGGUUGGUCAACAUUGGCGACGUCCUCCGUAGAGAUUCCAUCUAGUGUGAACAAUGGCGGAUGGACCAGCAUGAGUGCAACUCCGGCUCUGUCUGCUCCUAUACCAGCAGCUCCUUCAGGUCCUCCCCCGCCCCCGCCUUCUAAUCUACCCCCGCCCCCGCCGCCUCAAUCAUUCCCUCCACUACUACCUUCAAACCCAACCAAGUCAGAAGCACCGUCAUUGCCUAACCCCUCUCAUAGCCAACCGUCUAUUCCAGGCUCAGGCAAAUGGGACGUCAUACCUCCAACAGACUCAACUAAUCCUCCACCGCCGCUCCCGCCUUCGCACACUCAAUCUCCGCUUCAACCAAGCAGUACAAGUUCGAAAUCGAGGCACAAGCAGAAGUCAACAUUCGAUGAGGCAGCAACCGCACAAUCUCGUGGGAACUGGCAGAACUUUCAGAAGAUGCGUGGUCGACGUUAA